AGUCAAAGUGUCUAGCCCUGACUCCAUCAGACCACCGUGAAAUUAUUAUUUUAAUCCAGAUGAAAGCAUCCGCUUUUAAUGUACGACCUUUUUCAAAAAGAUGAGUUGCUAAGCUGAAUGCAGUCAGAUUCUUUAAACGGCUUUUUAUCAGUUGGCAGUCCCCGUCCCCACACAGUCACACACACAUCAUCGUGCACGGAGCUGAAAUCUUCGUGUGUGCACAGGGUAACUAUACAAGAUCCCGUGUAGACCUUGUAGAAAGGACCGCCUGCUGCGACAGACCAGUCACGAUCCGCAUGGUGGAUUUCUGUCGAGUUGGCAACGUUGCGACAGUGCGGCCAUAUUGGUGGUUUUGACAGAAGAGAAGGGAAAGCUGACUAUCCGAGUCGCCCACUGCCCUGUCGACGGCCGUGUCGGUUUCUCCUGUGACGCCCGGCACAAGACCCCCGAAAUUUUUUUUUAUCGGGAAUCGAAAAAGACACAAUUCAUUCAGCAAUAAUUAUCUGUCGUGCUAAUUUUGUGUCCGUGUCUUGGUUUGCAGAAGGAAGAAAGAGCUGUUCUCGUGUCCUUUUUCCUCGUUGAAAUUGUGUGUGUGUGUGUGCCCAGUUUGUCUGUCUUUGCCAUCCGAAGGGAGUAUUGAUUUUCGGUGUAUGUGUGUCUGAGAGUGUGAGAGCCCAGUGCGUGUGUGUAGCCGACGCCGUCUACCACUAACUAUUUGGUGCUUUUUUGGGUGCAAUUCUCUCUUUGAAGCUGUCGGUGGGAUUGUAGGCCAACCCUCAAAAUGACCAAGGACAGAUUAGCAGCCCUCAAAGCUGCACAAAGCGAGGAUGACGACACAGGGCCAGAUGAUGUGGCCGUUACUGUUGAGGCCCAGGAUGGAUACAUGGAGGCCUUCUUUGCAGAGGUGAACGAGAUACGGGAGAAUAUAGACAAGAUACAGGCCAAUGUAGAAGAGGUCAAGAAGAAACACAGCGCCAUCCUGUCGGCCCCGCAAACGGACGAAAAGGUGAAGCAGGAGCUCGAGGAUCUGAUGGCCGACAUCAAGAAAACGGCCAAUAAAGUUCGAUCGAAGCUGAAAGUCAUCGAACAAAAUAUCGAACAUGAGGAGCAAACGAAUAAAUCGUCGGCUGAUUUGCGGAUACGUAAAACUCAGCACUCGACACUUUCCCGUAAAUUCGUCGAGGUCAUGACCGAAUACAACCGCACGCAGACCGACUACCGUGAGCGAUGCAAGGGUCGCAUCCAGCGCCAACUCGAAAUCACCGGGCGCACGACUACCAACGAAGAGCUUGAGGAAAUGUUGGAACAAGGCAAUCCGGCCGUUUUCACUCAAGGCAUCAUUAUGGAGACGCAGCAGGCCAGGCAGACGCUGGCGGACAUUGAGGCUCGUCACGCCGACAUUAUGAAAUUGGAGAACUCGAUCCGCGAACUGCAUGACAUGUUUAUGGACAUGGCCAUGCUGGUCGAGAACCAGGGUGAAAUGAUCGAUCGGAUCGAGUACAAUGUGGAACACGCCGUCGACUACGUUCAGACCGCCACUCAAGACACGAAAAAGGCACUGAAGUAUCAAAGCAAAGCUCGACGGAAAAAGAUAUUUAUUAUCAUCUGCGUCAGCAUCACGCUGGUCAUCGUCUUGGCCCUCAUCAUCGGAUUUACAGUUCCUUAGUAGUCGAAUUUGUUGUACAUAAAAUAAUCGCAACACACACAAGAACACGUUACGUUUUCCAUUGAAAAAAAACAUACAAAGAGAUAACAAAAUCAAUUGUAUUUAAACAUUUACGAAAAGAGGAGAGACAACAUUUUGAUGAUUGUGUGUGAAUGCGCAACGGCCUACAGGAAUCGAUGAGAACCGCCUCCGCUGUCUGCCUCUCUUUUUCUUUAGAAAAUUUACUUAAAAGCAUUUGAAAAUAACACACGCGUCUAAAACAAAAUACCGGGAGAACAAGACUUACCAAGAGAAAUAGAAAUUUUCCCUUCUAAAUUUUUUUCUUUUGUUUCUUUGAUUCCUUCGCUAUAAUUGAAUUGCAAUUAACCUUUGUGUGUGUGCUAUUUUAUUGUUUAGUUUUUUUUUGUCAUUUUUGGUUUAUUUUUUCCCCUCGAAGAUUAUUUGAUUGGUGCCACCCUCUGGAACGAGUUGAUUAGUGCGCAUGUGUCGUAUGUGUGUGUGUGUAAAAUAGGAGAAUGGGGUGGGUGGAAUGAUAAAAUCAUCUUUUUUUCCUUUUUUUCAAACUCUUUACACAUUUGGCUGUUGUUUAAUUUUUUCCUUCUUGUGUUGCCCCGUGUACAUAAUUUGCUGUACAUUCAAGUAUAAAAACAACAACCAAUUGACGACAACCAAACACAGUAGUGGAAUGGACUUUUCUAUUAAUUUGAUUUUUCUUUCAAUUUUUGAAUAAAACGACGCUCCUAUUUUGAGUCUCUCGUGGGAUUGCAGCUGCCUUUUCUGUUGGACAAUUUUUUUUUCUUUCCUUUUUGUUGUGACUGGAAUUGAACAACAAAAGAACUUUUGUGUAGCUUUUUGGCUUCCAGCAUUUGAAUUAGUUGAUGAAGGAAAGGAAAAAAAGAGCUAACCAAUCUUCUCUCUCUGUCUCUCUUUUCUGUCUCUCCUUGAUUGCCUUCCUCUCUGUGGCACAACAACAACACUUUUGGGGUGUGUCGUUUGUUGUUUUGGUUGUUACCUGUGUUGCGGCUAUUUGCAGAAGAAGAUUAUGAUCAUGAUUUGUUUGGCCAUAUUGGGAGUCAUCUUGGCCUCUACCAUUGGAGGAUACUUUGGAUUGUAAUUCGUUUUUAUUAAAAAAGAAAAAAUUAACCAACCAACUGCCCAAUCAAAAGCUUCACAAAAGGCUUUUGUGUGUCCGCCAGCCUGAAUCAAACAACGCCGAGGCAACCAAGUAAAGAACCUAAAAAUGUCUUCUUUGUUUCCUUCAAAAAAUUCAAUCUGUUUGUAGCCAGAAAAAAAACAACCAAAAAAGGGCCUCUCCCAACUUAAAAAAAACCCCAAAAAAUAUAUGUUUCGUUUUUCAUUUCGAUAUAUAAUUCUCAUUUUGAAUUCCUCAAAUUUGUGUGUGAAUUUUUAUCGGUUGGCUGACGAAAUAAUUUGUAGAGAAGCCAGUUUUUGCUUUUUAUUCGGUUUGAACACACGAACCCUUUUCUUACUUUUACACACACACACACUUAAGAGAAAAAAUUCAAAAGAAGACAACAAAAAAAAAUUAAUAAAAAAGUAACGAAAUGAAUUAUAGUUGAAUGUCCCUGAAGCUGCUAUUAAAAAAGAAAAAAACUGAUGUUUAAUGGACAUUUUCCUCGUCAUAUGCAGUAGCCUCGAUUUUCCAUUGUUUUUUCUUUAUUAUCUCUUUAACUUCCCUUUCUCUGUAAGUAUUAUAAUGUUUGACACACACACACACGCAUGUGAACCCAGUCAGAUGUUGUUAUUGAAUCAGCUCGGUACUUAUUAUUAUUAUUAUUAUAAAUAUGAUGACGAUGUAUCUAUGCAUUUCCCCCGCCAACUGGAAGGUCUGGGGGUUUGUUACGUUUCAAACCAAAACA